UUAUAGUGUGCUAGUGCAGUGUGCAAACGGGAACAUUGAAUUGUGUUGACGUGAUGAUGUGUAGUAGCUCAAGUAACACGAUGAAGAGUAUGUGAAGCAUUAGCAUAUUAUAUUCGUCUUCUGUUCCUGCUGUAAUGCAUCUGUAGGUCCGUGAAAAGCGACUUUGUGUGUUGGGGCAAGCAUUAUGGAAAGUUUGUCAGACAAACUUUUCUCUGCACUUGACAAUGCCAAUAGAGAAAGCAGAACAGAACACAAAACAGAACAUAAGUCUCUUCCACAAAACAAAUUUGAACCCAAAGAGAGGAGGCAAGACAGACGUUCUUCUACUACUGUGCCAACAAGGCAAGGAAACUGCGAGAGAGAAAAAAAUAUUGUAGACUCAAAUGUUCACAGCAGAUUACCUUCAAAAUUUAAAGUUGGAAAUUUUCCACAAUGUUUUGGAACCAGUGCAAGUCACCCUGGAAAUUCCAGUCUUUUGCCCGUGGAUGAAGGGCAAAGACAAAGUGCUGAUCGAUGGAGGUCUCAUUAUAGUCUCUCUAAUUCAGAAAAAAUUAAUAUGAGAGUUGGUGGAAAAAGUUCAGAUGAAACUCCUUCUAAGUUUAUUAGGAAUAAAUCGCAAUUUGAAGACAGGCAGAAAUCUUCUACAUCAAUUAAAGGAACUGGAUAUAAAUUUCUGGAAAACCUUCUUGAAAAAGAUCCAAUGGAAGUAGUUGUAAAAUUAGCAAGCUCCAAAAUAGGAUUCACUGAAUUUUUAAAAAAAGAAAUGUCCCCAGAUUUAGUACACCUUACAUUAAGGCUACUUGCUGAAAAAGUGUGUGUAGUUGGUUUCCAACACAACAAAACAACUGUUUUGAUUGCAGCAUGCCAACCACACUUCUUAAGCCAACUAGAAAAAGAAAUGAACAAGGUCCCAACAGAACACCACUCAAGGAAGUCUAAGAUACUUCCAUUCUUAGAAAAUCUUCUAAUAUUUUAUGCAACAGUUGUUAAUAUGCUUCCACAGACAGCAUGUGAAAAGUUCAAGAAUCUCUUUGUUACGACUGAAUUGUCCAUAGAAGGUGCGCAAAGGUACCAAAGUAUAAACUGUGAUGAUAUUAAGAAGAAGUUCGAAUGUCUUAAGGCCCAGCUUAGAAGUAUGAUAGAAGAAAAUGAACGUAGUUCAAUAAAACAAAGUAGCAAAAUGGAGCAGCUUCAAUAUUUGCUGCCUCCUGAUAAUUUCAGAUACUGUAGCAUAUUCCCCACUGCUGAAGAUUUUGCUAGUAAACCAUUUUUACGACCUAGCAUUAUCAAGGGAGCAUAUAUUGAUGUUGAACAUUACCUAGAUGUUCAGUUUCGCUUGCUGCGGGAAGAUUUUGUGGGCCCCUUACGUGAGGGUAUAUCACAGUAUACGGAACAUUCUCUCCAAGGGCAGAAAAGAUAUAAGAGGAUUGAAAAUGUGCGAAUAUAUCAUGAUGCUUUAUUUUUAAAUACUGUGACUGUUAAAGAAAAAGUAGGUGUGGUACUAAACUUUGAUACUAAAAAGAAACUGAGAAAUGUUCCUUGGGAGCAUUCCAAACGUUUUAUGUUUGGUUCAUUGUUGUGUUUUACCCAUGACAAUUUUAGUACCUUCUUUUUCGGUACAGUUCUUGAGAGGGACAAGAAACAACUAGAAAAUGGUUGUGUUGUCGUUGAACUUAUUGACGAAAUAGAUAUUACUAUAUUCGAAAGAGCAUAUACAGUGGCAGAAAGUGAAGUUUAUUUUGAACCAUACCGACAGGUAUUAAAUGCAUUGCAGACUAUGCCCUUUGCUGCAUUUCCAAUGAAGCCUUAUAUUGUUGAUGGGAUUACAGAAGUGGGUUUGCCCCAGUACAUACGUGCAAAAUCUGAUCCAGUAAUAUACAAAAUUGGCAAGUUCAAAGUACCUAUAACUGAAAUGGACACUUGGCCUACAGAAGAUGAAUUGAAGUUGGACAUUUCACAGUAUAAGUCAUUCCGAACUGCUUUGACCAAGGAUUUCGUUAUAAUACAGGGUCCACCAGGAACAGGAAAAACUUUUCUUGGUUUGAAGAUAAUAAAAACUUUUCUUGACAACCAAAUUAUAUGGAACACAAACCGUAGACCUAUUCUUGUGGUGUGCUACACUAACCAUGCAUUGGACCAAGUCCUUGAAGGAACUUUAAAAUACACAAGAAAAAUAAUUCGCGUUGGUGGCCAGUCACAGUCAGAAGCUCUAGAGGAAUACAAUCUGAAAGAAGUUCGACGGCAUCAUGUGGUGAGAGUGUCUGCAGUAUCUAGCAGGGAGAUAAUCUCAGAAAUGCAAAAUGUUAUCAGUCAAAUUCGUUCUUUGCAAGAACAUCUAGAGAGAAUUGCUAACAACAAUACGAUAAUCAGCAUUUCUUCUUUGACGGAAAUGGGAAUUACUGUUAAACAGAUUGGAUCAUUUAUGGUUGGUCACGUAGUCAGUGAUGAGAUUUUCAUUGAAUGGUUGAAGGGAGAUGGAAAUGAAAAUCCAGAUAGUCUGUUUCAGCAGGAUGAUCCUAAUGCUGGUAAUAUUUCAAUUCUUGAAGAUUUACCUUGUGAAAACAAUAAUGAUAGUGAUAAUGAUUUUGAAGAUGAGUAUGAAGAUGAUUACAACAAUGCUGAUUUAUUCAGUGAUGAAUAUGGUCUGAUAAUGCAAACAGUACACACAAUAAAAUUAAAAUAUGCCCUGGAUCUAUCACGUCUUAUUAUGGAUGUUCAGCACUAUAAACAGCGGCUGGAAAAUUGUGGAGCUAACAUAGAAGACUAUGUGAAGUAUCAGCAGUUGUGGAUGUAUAGUAUGGGCCUUUACAGGUUCUUCAAGAACCACCUUACACAGGUUGUCAAUAUUGAUGGACAUGUUGUUGAUAGAUUGACACAUAUUCACAAUCUCUGGGACCUUAACACUGAAGAACGUUGGUAUUUAUACAAACACUGGUGUCGCUGCUUACACUCUACUCUCAUGAAGAGGGUGUGGCAGUUACAAGCAGAAUACAGACGGCUGUGUAUGCGGUAUGAUGAAAUACGUGAUUCUGACGAUCUUGAAUUAAUGAGAGAAGCACAUGUUAUAGGCAUGACAACAACUGGUGCUGCACGGAAGCAGCCAUUGUUACAGGAACUCAAACCAAGAAUAGUAAUAGUUGAGGAAGCAGCGGAAGUGCUGGAGUCCCAUGUUGUUGUCUCUUUGACAAAGGACUGUGAACAUCUUAUUCUCAUAGGUGAUCACAAACAACUGCGACCUUCAACUGCAGUCUAUGAGCUAGGAAAAAAAUUUAAUUUUGACAUUUCAUUGUUUGAAAGGAUGCUGCGGAAUGGGAUGCAUUAUGAUUGUUUAGAAGUUCAGCACAGGAUGAGACCAGAUAUAGCAAACCUUAUCACACCAACAAUUUAUCCAACAUUAAGAAGUGCUCCAUCUGUUUUUCAUUAUAAAAACGUGAAAGGUGUCACAAAAAACCUUUUUUUCAUUGACCACAGAUUUCAUGAAGAAGAGGUAACUGAAACAGUCAGUCGUCGAAACCUAUUUGAAGCAGAAUUCCUAGUAGCUCUUUGCAGAUACCUUUUGCUUCAGGGAUACACAGAAAGUGAAAUUACUAUACUGACAACUUACUCUGGGCAGAUGUAUUACAUGAGGAAACUGAAAAGGGAAUCUGGUGCACUUCAGAAUGUCCAGAUAACAGUUGUAGAUAACUUCCAGGGGGAAGAAAACAAAAUAAUUCUAUUGUCAUUGGUGAGGAGCAAUGAGGAUGCCAACAUUGGUUUUCUUAAAGUUGAAAAUAGAGUAUGUGUAGCUCUCUCCAGAGCUAAAGAAGGCUUUUACAUGAUUGGUAACAUGGACAGCCUAACUAGGAGCAGCAAAAUAUGGCCAAAAAUAAAUGAAACACUGAUGAAACAAGAUGCAAUUGGCCGUCACUUGACACUGAAAUGUCAGGUACACCCCAGCGAGAAAACAAAAGUUGCCUCAGCAUCAGAUUUCAAGGCUGUUCCUGAGGGAGGUUGCAGCCUCCCUUGUGAGGCUGAACUUCCUUGUGGCCACAAAUGUCAGAGUGUUUGUCAUGUACAGGACAGAUGUCAUGAGAAAACGAAGUGCUCCUUUCCUUGCCAAAGGGUUCCAAAACAGUGUCCAUUGGGUCACAAGUGCCUUAAAAAAUGUUACGAAGACUGUGGAAACUGUGAAACAUCUGUGGAGAAGGUGCUUCCAUGUCAACAUAUAAUAACAAUAGCAUGUCACGUUGAUAUUACCAAGUAUCAUUGCAAGGAAGUAGUGGAAGCUGUAUUGGAACCAUGUAAACACACAGCAAAGAAACUUUGCUUUCAAGAUGUUAAAAAUGUGAAGUGUUCAUUUCCUUGUGAAGACAGGCUACUUUGUGGUCAUAGCUGUACAUGGAACUGCCAUGCAGCAAAUGAUCCAGAUCACCUUCAGUACAAAUGUUAUAAACAGUGUGAAAAAAGUAAUUCUGGUUGCAAAAGGAAUCACAAGUGCAACAAAAGAUGUUAUGAGGACUGUGGAGAGUGUGCUGUAGAAAUCCAAGUGCAGCUGAGCUGUGGACACACCCAUAAGAUACGUUGUAGUACUGAUCCAUCUGAAGUGAAAUGUGACAGAGACUGCAAACGCACAAUGGCAUGUGGACACGUGUGUCAUCGUCGGUGUUUCCAGCCGUGUGAAGGCUGCAAAGUUAAGGUGCAGAAAGUUAUUCCAGACUGUGGGCACAAAAUAUACAUAUUUUGUUCUGAACAGCCCAUACGUAGUAUGUGUAGGAAGACGUGUGAAAGGCUUCUUGAAUGUGGGCAUCGUUGUAGAAGCUUGUGCUGCCAUCCUUGCACUUCACGGUGUGAAGAACUCAUUCCGAGUCCUAUAACUCCUGCAUGUGGACAUGCUGUUAAAAUUCCAUGUUACCUGAAAAGAUCAGAAUUAUCACCAUACAGUGAUGAGUUAUUAUCAAGGUGUAAAACAGCAUGUGGGAUGACAUUGGAAUGUGGACAUGUGUGUGCUGGUACUUGUAGUGUGUGCUUUCAAGGUCGUCUUCAUUUGCCAUGCAAGGAAAAGUGUGUCCGUGUGCAGAUAUGUGGACAUAGAUGUAAUAUGGAUUGUGCAAAAAUUUGUCCCCCUUGUAACCAGGCGUGUGACUACCAAUGCAGGCAUUCAUGGCGGUCUGUGAGAUGUGGUGAUCCUUAUAUACGAUGCAAAAAGCCCUGUGCAUGGCAUUGUAAACAUUUACAAUGUACAAAACGCUGCUAUGAGCUCUGUGAUCGUGAUCCAUGUUACGAGCCUUGUGAAAAAAAGCGUGGGUGUGGCCAUGAUUGUGUUGGCUUCUGUGGUGAACCGUGUCCUCCUUUAUGUAGAAUAUGUGAUGAAGAUGAAUUAAUGGCAAUUUCCUUUGGCUCUGAAAAUCAAGAGAGUGCCAGAUUUGUCUACCUAGAAGACUGCAAACACACAAUUGAAUCUAAGGCACUGGACAAGUGGUUGAAACAAAAAGAUGAUGAAAUAUGUCUGAAAAGCUGUCCCCUCUGCAAAACACCAAUAAAGAGAACCUUACGGUUCUUAAAUUAUUUGAAAAAGUCAUAUAUGGACAUCAGUAAUAUAAAGGAAAGGGUGUUUGGUAAUCCUAGAGAAAAUGUUGCAAAGAAGAUACAGCUGGCUGCUGCAGUGAAAAAAAUUGUCCUCCCAUACAGUGUAAAAAGAGAAAGCACUGAAAUACAGAAGACGUUAACAUUAUUACACUCAAACCUUCAACAUCAACAAAAGAGGAGGAGAAUAUUUCUUUCGAGAAUGGACCUUGACUCAAUAUCCAUUAAAAUAGACUUCAUCUCGAAACUUCUGGAAACCCUGGAAUGCUGUUUUCUCCGAAUAAUGAUUCCCUGUGUUCCAUAUGAAGACACUUUCAAGAAAGUUAUGAAACAAUUUGACUUACUGGUUUGUUUGAUCAGGGAAAGGAAUACACACGUGAGUCAACAGGAAGUUAUUGAUUUUAAUCAAGAAAUAAACAGAUUUGUGAGAAUGGCACAGCUCUAUAGUAUUGAGAGGACCAUCAACUUCACAUCAUCCCACUCAUCUGAGAUUAUUAAGGCAUUAUACAAAAAAGCUGAGCAAGAAGUGAAGUCUAUUGAAAGAUUUACAUCAAUACAGGAUCAAAAAUUGAAAGAAAUUUUAGACAAAUUGAAUGAAGCAUGUAAAAUAGAAGUCCCACUUGAUAAUGAAAUAAUUAGAAGAGAGAUUGUGAAAACAGUAGGUGUAACACCUGGUCACUGGUUCAGAUGCCCAAAUGGACAUUACUGUGUUAUUGGAAACCAUGGAGGAGCGAUGCAUGAAGGUAAAUGUCCAGAUUGUGGGGCUAAAAUCAGUGGUGCAAGGUAUCCUGUGCAUAGGGACAAUUAUCAAGCUGGGGAAAUUGAGUCAACACAUCCAGCGUAGUGUAAUACAUGAAUUUUUAAGGGAUUCCGUGUACCUCUAAGCCUGAGUGUAAUUUCUGUUUGAUUGAUUUAGAUUAUGUUGUUACAAAACUAUAUCCUUAUUUUACAUGUUGCUAAGAGUUCAUCAGUGAGAAUAUUAUUUUUAAAGUAUACCCUGUUUUUCACUCUAUGAAUUGUAGUUUGUUCUAUGAUUAUAUAAACCAUUUUACUUAAUACUUAACAUUAUUUUUAUCAUUUUACAGAAAAAAUAAAUUGCUUGUCAGUUUCUGAUAGAUGUUUGUGGCUUUAUUGGGUGUGGCAGAUACUGUGGCAGUAUUAUGUGUUACUUGUACCACUAAAUGAGAAGCAAAUAUUUGUACUGAAUAAAAAAUCUAGAGAAUA